UCUUAUACCCUUAUAGAGUAAAUGACUUUUAUAUCCCUCAAUCCUUGUCGCGUGACUAAACCCUUCCCUUCUUCUCUUCUCUUUGAAAGAACCCUAACUUUUUCGAAUCAGCGGCAGAUAACGAUGGUGCCCUCCUCGAAAGCCGUCGUUUUUGCAAGGCAGAUGGCGAAGCAGAUUCGUGUUACGACGCCGUCGAUUUCCGCUACACGCUUUCUCUCGACGGGCGACAAAGGUCAAGAAAAGCAGCAGAACCCUCCAGAGCCCUUACCCAACAGACCCUUGCGAGGUGAGAGAUCUUCCAACUCUCACAGAGAACCACCCGCUAGACAAGCCCACGACCUUGGAAAGAUUGAUAAUACUCUGUCUGACGAUGGCUUCCUCGAGCAGUUCAAGCUUGGAGUCAAUCAGGAUUCACAGGAAACCCCCAAACCGGAACAAUACCCACAGGACCCCUUACUGCCGCCUGAAGAUUCCGAUGAAAUCUUCAAGAAAAUGAAGGAAGGAGGUCUCAUCCCUAACGCGGUCGCCAUGCUUGACGGCCUCUGCAAAGAUGGGCUUGUACAGGAGGCCAUGAAGCUUUUCGGAUUGAUGCGUGACAAGGGUACAAUCCCUGAGGUCGUUAUCUACACUGCUGUCGUUGAGGGCUUUUGCAAGGCUCAUAAAAUUGAAGACGCUAAGAGGAUUUUCAGGAAAAUGCAGACCAAUGGCAUUACUCCAAAUGCCUUCAGCUAUGGUGUGUUGGUUCAGGGAUUGUAUAAUUGCAACAUGCUUGACGAUGCUGUUACUUUCUGUUGUGAGAUGCUCGAGUCUGGUCACUCUCCCAACAUCCCCACUUUCGUUGGAUUGGUUGAUGCCUUGUGCAGAGAAAAGGGCGUUGAACAAGCCCAGUCCGCUAUUGAUGGCUUAAACCAAAAAGGAUUUGCUCUUAAUGUUAAGGCUGUCAAGGAGUUCAUGGAUAAAAGGGCUCCAUUUCCGUCUUUGGCUUGGGAAGCCAUUUUCAAGAAGAAACCAACCGACAAACCCUUGUGAUUUUCCUAUUUACUUACGCACUGCUGUUAAGUAUGCCGUCUCAGUAAGAUGUUUUCUUGACUUGUAAUAACAACCUUGAAAGUGAAAAUCAAUCUGCGUCUUUCUUCUUU